AUGGACGAACAAGGCAGUGACAGACCUGCUAAUCCUGAAGAUGAAUUAAGUGUAAGUAAGUAAACUUUAAAUGCACUGCAAUGUUGUGCCUGGUUGAAAUAACAAUGUGUUCUGUUUAUCAUAUACUUGCUGAACCCAUGAAUUAUGAAAGCGAUAUCUGGGAACUAAUUGGCGCUGUCAAUGCUGUAGCUGAUUUUAACUGGUUUUUUUGGUGAAAUAUGAUGUGCAUUUAUUUACAUGCAAUUGAUAGGGCACGAGAUCAGCCCUUGAGAGCUGAUGGCAGGAGAUUUGCAUCAGGAGGCGGAGUGAAGUUCUGUUAAAACUUAUUUCAUUCCUGGAUGCAAUUUUUGAAAAACAAAUCAAUUAAUUAUACAGCAUAUCUAAAUAUAGUUCGCAUUCAGCUAGUUGGCAUAGUAACUGUUAUCUUGGACUGCUGACAGGUGGUUAAAAGGAAGAGGAGGACUUAAAUAAUUCAGUGUUCUGUGAUACUUAAAUUGCUUUAUUAAUGGGAAUGAAUUCUACAAUGCAUAAUCAGAGGUGGCACAAGCGAGGGGGCAGGGAGACACAUUGUUCUUUAACCGAUUAAAGGAAUAAUUUGAGAUACUUAAAUUGUAGCAGUCAGCUAUGAAAUUUGCUGGAUAAAGUAACCGUGCUGAAAAUGCACUGUUCUGCUGUUGGCGUCUGACCAAAUAGUAUGAUGGAAGGAAAAGCAAGGAAGUUCAAAAGAGUUUAUAGUCCCUGUGAAAUAUUUAAAGGGAGAAAGGGUUGACCAGGAAAAAUGUGAAACCCUGUUAAUGUGAUUUGAUUUAUGUCCUGCCCUUCUUCACAAAGAAGCACAGGACACUUUGGAUAUGGGAGAUGGCCCUUUUUGAACUGAGUGUUUCAAUAGCAAAAGGUGCUUCUUUGACGGCUACUGAUAGCUGGAAAAUUGAGCAGCAAUGACAGUUGAUGUCUGGUGGCUGCUAUGUACUGACUCCACCUCACCAGCUUGGGCUGGAGAGAAACGUUUUGUGCUGUAGCCAGCAAAGUAAAGGGAGGGGAAAGCAGAUGUGGCAUUAUUUGCACACAUUUAUAAAAUUAUUAUUAUUAUUAGUGGUAGAAGUCGUAGUGGUAGUAGUAUUACAAACUGUAAGUACCGUAGCAACCUUAGGGCUGCAUGUGUAGGGUGCUUCAAGCCUAUCACUUCACCAGAUUCCAGAUUGUCACCUCUGCUGAUUGUGUUGAAAUUCUUUGCUGCUGGUAUGUUAUUUUAUAUAGUGCACCAAGGACACAGUAGUAAAAUAAUAAACAGACCAUGAGAAACAGUUUUAGGAGUGUAUGGUGGUCCUAACAGAAAAGUAAGACUCAUUGAGAUUUACAUUUGUGUAAGCAAACCGGGAUCGUGUGGGAUAUCACAACUGCUGUGGCAUUUUGAUGAAGCAAUAGAGCACUGAAGAGUCACUCAUGACCACACCGACAGCAGAAAUGGCAGGCAAGGCAUGCCAUUCAAGUGUGGAAUGAAUAUGUCUGCCUUUGGGAAAUGCUGAAUUGAGAGAUACUGGACAUUUAUCUAUGUGAUUCUUUCCCCCACUUUGAUUAAGGUAUCAAAUGUAUCAGUACAAAUGGCAGAUUCAGAAGAAAAGUGGGAAAGAAUUGCAAGGAAACUCAAUAGGUCAGCAAAAUCAAAGAGGAAAGCCAAAAGAAACAAGUCUCUCUGGAAUUUUCAAAAUAAAAUCAUCCUGUUUACAGUGGUCCUCUUCAUUGUAGGUGUUAUAACUUGGACAUUGUUGUGGCUCUUUAUUGGUGAGUAUCUGUAUCUGCAUUGUAGGCAAUGAUUUAUGAGGCCUUUCCCCAUAUUUACAUUUGAAGAACACUCAUAGAUGUAUAAACAAUGCUCUAGAAAAUCAUUUUCUAUUAUGUUGCUUUUUAUUGGCUCUAGAAAAGGGUUUUCUAUUUACAAUGGAAGCUGUUUUUCUCCUUCAGAAUAUGUGUAUGCCGGAAUGUCAGUUAAAAGAGAAUCCUAGCAGCAUCUUGGAAAACCUGUCUCACAGAGCCCAACAUUUAACUAGAUAUAGGAGAGUAGUCUGGAUGAGAAUUUGGUUCUAUAGGGUGUGCACCCACAGCUCCAAAGUGAGAGGAAGGUCUCCAUUAGCUAUUCUUCUUAUUGAAUUGUCCUCCACCAUAACCAACCAAAACCCAAGUUUGUGUGUGUGCUUUAUGUGAUUUUCUAUAAAUGCAUUUCUUCCUUGUUUUGCUUCAUGAUGGAGAAUGGGCUAUUGCAUUAUUUUUCUGGCUCUAUAGUGAAAAACUUUUUAAAGGGCAAAAUGCUAAUAUAUUAUUAUGUAGUGAAAUUCCAACAUACUAAGGAAAACCUGGUUAUCAUGUGAGGGUCUAUUGGCUAGUGUCUGUGCCCUUGACAAGAUACUUUCCACAAAGCAGUUUACUCAUUUUUAAAGUAAGUGUUCAUUAUAUGUAAGAAUGGACACACACAUGACUAGAUAUAUGUUGCUUUAAUAUUUUUAAAGUAGUACUUAGUCCAAAAGAUAAGGUGACGCACAUGACUGAUUACUGAUCUACCAUUCAGAUUGCAGGACUGUGUGCAAGACUGCACAGACUAUCAUUGUGUGCUACCUGGUUGGUGUUGACCCAUAUCAGAGCCUUCUUGGUAGCAGUUCUCCAUCUGUGAGAUGCUUUCCCUGGUGAGAUGUCUCUGUCUCCCUCAUUAUUAACAUUAAGGAAAGUUUGAAAAACACUCCUGUUCAUCCAAGUGUUUGAUGGCUGAAAGAUACUAUUCCUGGCAACCUUGACAUUAUUAUCAUUAGCUAUUUGGAUAGGUUACUAUUUUAAACUUUGAAAAAUGUAUUGUUUUGAUGCUUUGUUGUGCUCUUUUUAUUGCCAUAAUGAAAAAAGGAAAAAUAAAAAUAACACUCACCUUUUUUGUUUUACAGUUCAGGCAGAAAACAAAGAUGCACUGUAUUUUGUUGGAUUAUUUCGUGUUGCCAACAUUGAGUUUCUCCCAGAGUAUCGGCAAAAGGAAUCCAGGGAGUUUCUCUCUGUUGCACAGAAUGUGCAGCAAGUGGUAAGGAAAAAACGCCAACCCUUGUGUUCCACAUUAUCACCAAAGCAUAUGCAAUAAUCAGCUGGUUGUGUGGACCCAGCAAUCCUUGUCUUUUGUAGUGUGUCAAUAAAGGGAGAUAACACAUUCUGGAAUUUUCUCUCCGCGUCGUAUUUGCAGUACCAUAGAAAGAUUACUGCUGGAUCAGGAUGAAGGCUCACCUUGUCCAGCAUCCUGUUCUCACAGUGGCCUGAAACAGAACUCUCCCUGCUGGCGUUUCCUAGCAACUGGUAUUCAGAGUAAUACUGUCUCUGGCUGUGGAGGUAGAACAUAGUCAUCAUGGCUUGUAGACACUGUUUGCCUUAUCCUCCAUGGAUUUGUCUAAUACUCUUUUAUAGCCAAGUUGAUGGCCAUCACUACAAUGCCACAAUGUCAUGUAGUCUUCCCAGGGAAAACAGAGAGAGAAGGAGGGAGGGAGGGAGGGAGGGAGGGAGGGAAUAAUAGAAUCAUAGAAGUGUAAAGUGGACCCUGAAGGUCACCAAUCCAACCCCUUGCUAUGCAGAAAUCUCAACUAAAGAAUCCAGGACAGAUGGCCCUCCAACCUCUGCUUUAAAACCUCCAAGGAAGGAGACUCUAAAAAGUUUCAAGUGAGUCCAUUCCACUGUCAAACAGAUCUUACCACCAGAAAUAUCUUCCUCAUGUUGAGUCAGAAUCUCCUUUCUUGUAACGUGAAUCCAUUGGUUUGGGUUUUCAUCUCCAGAGGAGGAGAUAACAAGCUUCUUCCAUCCUCCAUGUGACAGUCCUUUAGAUAUUUGAAGAUGGCUAUCCUCUCUCCUCUCAGUCUCUUAGCCAGGCUCAACGUACCCAGCUCCCUCAACGGUUCCUCAUAAGGCUUGGUUUCCAAACCCUUGAUUGUCUUGGUCACCCUUCUCUGUGCAUGUCAAGGAUUGUCAAUAGCCUUCUUAAAUUGUGGUACUCUGAACUGGACACAGUACUCCAGGUGUGGUUGACCAACACACACAUGCAGAUAAUGAAUCCCUCUUGUACUGAGUCAGACCAUUGGUCCAUCCAGCUCAGUAUUGUCUACACAGAUUAGUGGCAGCUGUCCAGGAGUUCAGGUAGGAGUCUCUGCUAACCCUCCCUGGAGAUGCCAAGGAUUGAACUUCGGACCUUCUGCAUGCAAAGCAGAUGCCCAACCACUGAGCUGCAGCCCUAAUGUGGCUUCUUGAAGGAGUACGCAGCUUUCAAAGAACUAAAUUCAAUAGAAAGAGGGAAGUGGAAGGGCACUGCUGAUGGGUGGGGGUUCAAUAGUUGUUGGAAUUUGGUACAUUCUCUCCAAUAAUGAGUGCUUGAAAUGGUGCAAAGAAGAGCAAAGGCAUGAGUCUCAGUCUUUAAUGAAUAUGCUUAAAAUACAAGAUGUGUCUGUGUGCAUGAGUUAUGCUGCACAGUCACUAUCCAGUAGGUCCCAUGCAACUUGCACAGCCACAUCCCCAAAAUAAAUGGGUCUUGGUAGACUGGAUGGCUCAAAACUAACUGACCAAACUUUCAGCACUUUUUGCUGGUCUUCAUUGUAUUUCCCCUUUCUCUUAACUCACUGUCUCUGUUAUUUACUGUUUAUUCAUUGUGCACUGGAAAACCAGCCAAGAGCUGGAAGAAAAACAUGAUUCCCAGGGAAGCACCACUUCCCAAGGAUUCCUUAUGCUUUACAUUGAAGAUGCACCUGUUUACAUAGGCAUUCCCUCAAUCUCUCAAUCUGAGUCUUCUGAUUUACUGCAAUCAUGGUGCUGUCUUGAUAGUAUUGUUUUACUGCAUAUUUUAUAGAUGUGCUCAUUUUAAUUUUUAAUGAGAUUGAUUUAUUGCAUAGUUUAAAUAUGGAUGCUUAUAUUUUAAUGUUUGCAUAACUGGGUGGGAUUUUUUGUGGGUAAUCUUGUUUAGAAUUCUAUAUUGGCAUUAAUAUGAAUAAUGCAGUCAACAACUUAAAUACCUUAUCAUAAAGGUACUACAAAUCUCCAGUACUCCCUCCUUCAAAGCUGAGAAUGAUAUCCUUGUUAUAAAUAAACAGGGCUGCUGAAUCUGCUGUACUGCACAUCAGGCAACUCUCAGGGUGCUUCCAGACUUUCGCUAUUUUGGGGCAGGAUUCAAUCACAUACAGACAAAUUCAGGUUGCACAAUUAAAGUUGAUUUGAAGGUCUUGCAUAACCUAUUUCCUUCCCCUAAAGAUCAACUCUUUUGUGAUAAGAAAAGGAAUGGGGGAAUGUACCAGAAACUGUGGGGGUAAGACCUCCUUGACACAACAUUGUCUAACCUCCCCACAAAGAAAUCAGAAUAAAUGCUCAUUAAACAGCCAACAUUGUCUAAUUGCCCUGCAAAGAAAUCAGGAUGAAUAUUCAAUAAGCUAGUUAUCUGGAAGUGCCCUCAGCAAGAUUAAUUUUAAUUUAGUCUGUGUGGGAUUGCCCAACCAUUCUGUGCAUCUUCUCUUUCAGAUGAACUUGGUAUAUACCAAAUCUGCUUUCUCCAAAUUCUAUAAGCAAUCCAUUGUCUCAGAUGUCAGGUGGGACAUAUUUUCCAUUUCAUUUGUGGCUGGGGGUCUUAGCGAGAAAUAAUGUCGUGUUGCAGCAUUUACUAUCCAUGUACUGUCUCUUGUUGCAAACCAAAAGCCUCAUCAUAUGUGACCAAAUCCAAACACAGAAAGCACUCCCAUGUCCCAUAAAGUAUCUUACAUUUUAAAAAUGUUGGUACAUUAAAAACAGCAACAGCAACAACAACAAUGAUGAGAAAAGCUAUAGAUUUUCAAGCACCCGAGUCUCAGAAACACCGUGAUGUAAUUUGCUUUUUCAUUUGAUUUCAGUAACAACAACAAUGGGGGUCUUCUUGUCCAUUUCUGGAUUGUGUUUGUGGUGCCACAGGCUAAAGGCCAAGUGUUUUGUGAAGAUUGUGUAGCUGCUAUUUUAAAGGACUCAAUUCAGACAAGCAUCAUCAAUCGAACCUCAGUAGGGAGUCUUCAAGGCCUUGCUGUCGAUAUGGACUCCAUUGUGCUUAGCGGUUGGUAUCCCUUGGCAGUUGCUAUUUUUCCUCUGAAGAAAGUGAACCUUCUAAUACAAUUAAUAGCUUGCUGUACUGAAAAAAACUAGAAUUCAUAACUUUUGCCUCUGAAAUAAUCACCUCAUGGAACUGGAAAAGCAGAAAUGCUAUGUGGAGAUCUGAACUGGGCCUAAUGGUGCUAAUCCAAUUUUCGCUCAACAGGGUGAUGGUGAUAAUUGGAUUUAUGUCCCUUUGUGUUUAUCAUCAGUUGAUGCCGUGUGUCAUUGGAACGUCCUCCCUCCUAAUGACUUUCCUAUAGAAUUCAAUCCAUUCAUAUAGGAAUGUGCUCACGUGUCUGCUUUGAUAUAUAUGGUGUCAGAGCUAGCCAUACAUUAAGUAGAAUCAUAGAAUCAUAGAGUUGGAAGAGACCACAAGGGCCAUCGAGUCCAACCCCCUGCCAAGCAGGAAACACCAUCAGAGCACUCCUGACAUAUGGUUGUCAAGCCUCUGCUUAAAGACCUCCAAAGAAGGAGACUCCACCACACUCCUUGGCAGCAAAUUCCACUGUCGAACAGCUCUUACUGUCAGGAAGUUCUUCCUAAUGUUUAGGUGGAAUCUUCUUUCUUGUAGUUUGGAUCCAUUGCUCCAUGUCCGCUUCUCUGGAGCAGCAGAAAACAACAUUUCUCCGUGUCUACUUCAGACAGCUAGUUUUUGAUAGGGUUGUGCACAGCGCCCCUGCCUGGCCUAAUUUGGGCCUCCAGGAUCAAUCCAAACCAGGGAAACCUGCCCUGGAUUCAGCCCAAAAUAAAUUAAAAUGCUCUCAUUAAACAUACGGCCAGGAGAAGCACUGGGGAAGGAGAUGCUGUAUCUCCACCCACUUAAACCAAGAGCAUGAGGGUUCCCACCUGCAGGGUGCUGCUUUGCAAGUGGCUCUGCUAAGGGGAAGGAGCUUGUGAAGAAGCACCCUGAACCCCACAGGCUGGAAUCCUCAACUCAACAGAGUGGAGAAUUAAUGUAUUAUUUUUACCACCAGGGAGAAGUGAGAGGCGCUCCUGGGAUUUUCAAGCUCAGGUGGUUGGCCUUGGGACUGUUACCUUACCUUGCGGUGUGGGGGUGGGUGGGUGGGUGCUUGAAGCAAUAAGAAAUGUUUUUGGCCAACCCUAUGUGGAGUUCCACAGUGAAACUAGCUGGCAGGAUCCUGUAUCCCUCUCCCUGCAAGUUCAUUGCAAUGCAUUUUAAGUCUUUAAGUCUGAAUAAAAUCCUGGAAAACAUCCUUUCGUGGUGGCUUCACAAAUUCACAUGAAUUAUUGUCAUAUCAAUAGGUCCCUAUUCUCAAGUUCCAAAUUAACACUGCAAUGCAGUGCAGUCUCAUAUUGUGUGGUGGUUACAUUCCAGAGAUGGCGCUUAUAUGCAAAAAUGUGUAUACUUCAACUAGCCCUUUGGAGCUACCCAGUGUGAGCAUCCUUACCUUUCCAGAGUUGUACACCAUGUGGGCCUUGCCUGUCCCCCAAGCAAGGCAGAGAGCUUUUACCAGGCUCUGGGAUGCUCGCACAAUAUCUUGUGGGACUGUUCAAGCUCCAGCAAGAUAUCUCAAGUGCAUCCCAGAGUCCAGUAAGUCUGAAAGCUUAAAUGCUCUGAGGAAUAGUUCAGUCAAUAGAGCAUGGGACUCUGAACCUCAGGGUUGUGGAUUGAAGCCCCACUUUGGGUGAAAGAUUCCUGCAUUGCAGGGAUUUGGACUAGAUGAUCCUUCUGAUCCCUUCCAACUAUGCUACUGUGAUUCUUUCUGCACUGAGAAAACCCUGCACAGAAAGAACAUUUAAGCUCUCUGCCUUCUCUGCAUGUCAUUUGUGUGAUUACUACUGGCCAGACUUCAGCCACUUCAUGUUGAAAUCACACAUGUUAAAUGCAUAUAUGUUGUGAUCAUACUGUAUUACAUUCAUAUGUUGCCUGCUGGUCUGUUUGUUUAAAUAUGCGCAGUCAUUUGUAUUUUCUCCUCCCAUGCAGUUGGACUUCGAUCAGAUUACUCUUCAACAACAGGAACAGGUACAUGACUGAGUUUUUUUAAAACACAUUUUCCCAUUUAACACAUUUCAAAAUGGGAAACGUAUUUAUGUGGUGAAAAUUGAAUCCUGCCUGUAUCUGUAUCACGUUCUACAAUGUAAGCUUUAUACAGGGCUAAACAUGGGAUCUGUUGGGUAAUUUAGCAUUUAGAUCAUGCUUUUGAGUGUUCAAAGAUGUCAUUCUCACAACAACCUGAAAGGGAAAUCAGUAUUGGGAAAUGCUUCCUGUUUCCCUGGGAGAUAAUGAGUUUCAGAAGGAGACACUACCAUGGUUUGGGCUUCUUUAGAGGAAGGGUUUGUGAUAUUUCAAAAAUAUUUUGUUUGCAACUAUAGAAGUAUAGAAUCAGUAGGGACAAUCAGUGUGUACACUGAUACCAGACAGCAGAAGUGCAGCCCUCACAUCAGAUCUGCCAAGACCCCAAGACGCUCCUGAUUUCACAGCUAGAGAUGAGGGGGAAAGUCACCUUCAAACCAUUAUGCAAAUCUAAGCACAGUUAUUAUUCAAAAUUCAUAUUACCCAUCUUUGAUGUGGUUCUUCCAGCAAAUAAUGUGUACAGAAAUGUGUUUAUUAACAGGAAGUAUAGAUAAAAAUGCAUAUAUUCAUGAAUAUAUAUAAUAUGCAUUAUAUCAGGACAAUUGUUUGCAAAAAGGGAGACAUCUGCACUAAAAUGCUGCCACAUUUUAAUGAGAGGUGUUGUUUUUUUUAAAUUAAAUUGAUGCAGAAAUAGGGAGAAUUAAACUUAAGACUGGAAAAAUGAGAAACUGAAAUCGAUAGAUUUGGCCAUUCCUGCUAGCAACUGCUUCUUCUAGGUCUGCUUCUUUCAAUCUGAAAAUGGCUUUUAUUCCUCUGCUCACUCACUCUCCCACACAUACAUUCACACCACACAUCUCUCUUUCUGUCUUUCCCUCUCCUCCUGUCUCAUUGUUUCCAGAUGACCUGUUUACUGAAUAUUCAUUCUGAUUGUUUGCACAACUUUGUGGGAAUGCCAGCUCUUUACUGAGUGCUCGCUCUGGUUUGUGGGGAGCACUGCAGGCCCACAUGUGAGGCAAGGUGAAGCAACUGCUUUGGGUGGCAGGAUCCUCAGGUGACAAAAUUUCUUGGUCUGGCCCUAUCUAAUACUCUCUCUCUCUCUCUCUCUCUCUCACACACACACACACACACACACACACACACACACAGAAAGAACUCCUUUGGUGUCUUCCCCUCCAAUGCAUCUCCUGACUAUUGAAGUAAGAGGCAGCUGGUUAGCUUUUUGGAACGGGGAAAUAAGGAGUAUCUUAUCCUUUGCCUCAGGCAGCAAAAUGUCUUGGGCGGUUUUUGUGGGAAGGUUACAUGAUGUCACAUCAAGCAAUUAUUAUCUCACACUUUUCAGCACAUUUUUUCCUGUCACUUUUCAAAAGGCAAUUUUUUAGAAAAGUGGCUGCAGCAGCAUUAGGUGGGGUGAAGCCAUUGCCUCAGGUGACUGAAUUCCCAUAGGGGGCUUCUGUGUGGACACCUCACCUGCCCUGCAACCACUGCCACCAAUGUCUGGUGAUAUCUCUCUGAAAUCACAUUAACUUGGUUUUAACAUCUGCUUUUAUGGGCAUUUUUAAUUUAUAUGAUGUAUUUUUUUUUUGCAAACUGCUUAGAUUGAGCGGCAUUUAAAUCUAGUUAAUUUUUUUUUUAUAAAUACAGUGGUACCUUUGUUCCCGAACGGCCUAGUUAAUGGGCUCCUGAAUGCCGCAAACCUGGUUUUGCGAACAUUUUUUGGAAGCGAAUGUCUGUUUCGGCUGUCGGCAUUGUUUCUGGGGCCAAUCAGCCAAUCAGAAGCCGUGUCUUGGUUUUUGAACAUUUUGGAAGUCGAACAGACUUCCAGAAUGGAUUGAGUUCAAGAACCAAGGAACCACUGUACAGAAAUACAUUUUUGGGGGGUUUGAAUCCAAAAUUAAAUGGGCAAAUCUGGUUAUAAAUGUCAGUAGGAUCAAUUGAUAUUUUAUCAGUGACAUGUGAAAAAUAUUAUCUUGCCUUUCCGUAAAGCUUAAGCAUUGUCUUUUACCAAGCAUUGUAAUCUCCAUGAUACUAAUCAACAUUUACUGUAGGUUCAAGUUGCAUAUAUGAUCUGCAUGCAGACCGGCUGCACCAGCACUUUCCAUUGGACAUUUCAACAGCAUCUGGAAGGAUGAUCUGCUAUUUCAAACUGAUUGCAUUGGUCGGCUACUUAAUCCGCCUCUCCGUAGCAUCCAUUCAGAUUGAAGCAGACAAUUGCAUCACUGAUUCAUUGACCAUUUAUGACUCCCUGAUGCCAAUCAAAAGUAAGAUACUGUAUCGGUAGGUAUGCCUUUUCAGUACAAUUUCUUUGGUUUCUGCAAGCAGAAAAGAAGUUCAUUUUUUAAAAAACAAAAACAAAACAAAAACGUGUAUAUUAAACUUGUCCAUUGGCAGCCAUUGUAGAUUCCUUAGCAAGGUAUUGCUUGCUAGCAGUAUGUUGCUCCUAACAGCAGAUUGCAGACCAAACUUUAUGGGAAGACCCACAAAAGAGUGUGUUGCAAUAAUCCUACCUCAAUGUUAUCAGUCCACCUGGGAGUCAUUUGGAAGGAAGGGCAGGAUAGAUUGGGGCAGGGGUCCCAAAGGCAUGUGAUUGGCAAGCAUCUUGUCCAUGUUAUUGAAUUGCAUUAACUGAUUGAAGCAGAUGGGGCUUUGAACACCCCUAUAGGAUCUGCUGUGACAACAGUAUCAAAGUCUAAUAUGAGUUUACCAUCACAGUUACUGUGGCUUUCUUAAACUAUUGGCUAGCCAAAGGGCCAAAUCUAGUAACGAGGCUAAUGAUGCAUUGUAAUUCCCAUACUUUCUACACAUGAAGAAAAAUCAAUUUAUUUUCAGAAUUUGUGAACCAACCAAUUCAUUCCUGUCUUUCGUUUCUACAAAUAAUUUGAUGCUGGUUACUCUGAAGUCCACACAAGUGAAGAAAGUGAAGGAAUUUCAUGGGUACUUUGAGGUCAUCCCACAAGAAAGUAAGUGUUCUCAUUUGUUAAAUGUGGAAACUCCAGCUGUAGACUCAUCAUUAGUUAAGUUUUUCCCCCUACCAUCAAAAACAGUACACAUCCUACAUCAGAUAUGUGAGACAUACCUGUCUGAAUUUAUGUUUUCUGUCACCUUUAUAACAUUUCCCUCUUUCAUCUUUCCCAUGACCUGCCUAACUUCAGCUCCUUUUACAACCAGUUGUUUGUUGGCUUGCUUCUCAAUGUCUUCAGUCUCCAGGGCUCACCCAGCUGUAUAAGUAAUCCAAGUAAUUGCACGGAAGGGCAGUUUAUUCAGGUGCCAUUGAAACAGCAUGUAAUCUAAGAACUGCACCUCAGCAUCUUCUGUGACCCUGCAAGGGAUUCUGGGGUCUCAGAUCAUGCAGUGCAGCUCUGCAGCAUGGAAAAUGCCUUGCUGCCCUAACCAUUUGCAGAUACCACAACGUGAAACAUCAGUUGCAUUUUCAUUAUAGAAAUAACCAGUAUCCCUUUUACUCCAUUAUGCCAGCAGAUGGAGUAGUUGUCAAAUACACAUAUGACAUGAGACUGUUGUUAGUUUCACCGUAACAAAAGAAUAUAGGAGGCUGCCUUGAAUGAAGUCAAACCUCUGAUUCAUCUAGUUCAGUAUUGUCUUCAGUGACUGAAAGUGGCUCUCCAGGGUUUCAGACAGGGGACCUUCCUAGCCCUACCACAAACUGAAUCUGGGAUCUUCUGCAUGUGAAGCAGGGACUCUGAGUGAUGGUCCUUCCCAAACAAUUAGCGGCAUUUCAAAAUAACAAAGCUCAUUAUGUCACUGGAACCAGGUAUACAUUUUUCUUGUUGACAUGCUUCCCCAUUAUGGGUCCUUGUGGUCCAUUUCACCCUUUUUUCUUUAUCUGUCACAUCUUUUCCAAUAGGGAUAGUUGUUGGGUCAGUGGGACAGACUGGGGGUGCUGUUGGUUAACUACCCACCCAGUUGCCCAAUGACCACCUUAACCAAGCUGUUGGAGGUGGUAUCCAUGAUUAUAGUUCUGCAUGACUUCAAUAUUCAUGCCAAGGCUGCUAUCUUUAGUUCAGCUUGGGACUUCAUAGCCUCCAUGACAAUCAGGGGGCAGAACAACACAAAAGGCAGGGUGUGCACUAAACUUAGUCUUCACUUUAGGGCAAGUGCUGGAGUAGAUGUUGGAGGGAUGGAAUUGAUCUUUUUGUCAUGGUUAGAUCCCUAGUAAAGUUUGGGCUUGCAGCAUCAGUAUACCCCCAUAGGGGUGGAGGACCGAUUCAGAUGGUCUCAGAGACUUACAGAAUCUGAUCUGGGGGAUUUUCCAGUAGCCAUAUCUGGUUAUUCUUUUGAGGACCUAACUUUACUGUGGAAUACUGAAAUGGGGAAGACAAUUAACACUAAAUCCACAGAGUGCCCCAUCUGACACUGCAAAGCUUGCUGUGUUCCUUGGUUUUCCCUAGAACUACAAGCAAUGAAGCAGGUGGAUGAUGGCCAGAGCAGAAGUGGUGCAACUUCUGGUGUGAAACCAACCACACAGUGGUUAGGAAGCACAACCACAUGCACCAUGAAGUGAAGCGACGAUGGUAGCAAAAAAGACCUAUGUCUCCAUCAUGUCCUCAAGUAGUCCUCCAUGUGAUGAAAAAGCUGAUAUUGCUUGCCCUGGUUAAUUUUUAUGCACCUUGUUUUGUGUCUGCUGUUUACUAUGUUUUGCCUUGUUUUCAUUGUUCACCGCCCUGAAACAUACAUAAAAAGGCAGGACAGAAAUCCUAAAACAAACAAAGUAUUACUUAAAAAGAAGAAAGCCAUACUGGAAGUAAUGACUUCUUCUUUUGGCUGAUUCUCGGUUUCCAGAUUGUGCAAUAAUAUGGAAAUGCAUCUUUCUUUUCUCAGAAUGCGGCAAAGCUAUACUGGCAUUGGGAAGUCCUCGGUUUGAAGGGAGAAUCAUGAGUCCUUAUUACCCAAGUUACUACCCUCCAAAAUGCAUUUGCACAUGGAGUUUCCAGGUAAUUUUGAAACCCCAUUGUGCAGGUGUUUCGCAACUGCCCUUUGGUGUGUUUCGUGUCAGUUGGAAACAGGGCUCUCUGUCUGUCAGUCUCUCUUUGCAAGAUUCUGAGCCCUUUGAUCUCAGCACAAAGCUUGGAUCUCGAUCUCUCUCUUUGUGGGUCAAGUAGCUGUAGUAGGAGAUGAAAGGUUCCCUUGUGAGGUGAUGGAAAGCUGCACUUCCUCUUGGCCACUGCCAGUCUGACCUCUUUCCCAAGGCUCUGAGGAGCUGGCAUCUGAGCUGCGGCAAGUGCUGUUGCUCCCUGUAGCCUGGCACAGGGAAAACAAAAAGUGCUACUGCUGUGAUGGGGACCCUGUGGUCAGUUUUGAACCAGCAGCAUGUUAGUGCUUAAACCUGGGUGUCAAUGCUCAGAUCUGGAAGCCCUUAUUCACAGCUGUAUCAGACCUUGAUGUGGCUACUCAGUGGGGAGAACGAAGUUACAGGGAACCAGGCAGAGGGCCUUCUCGGUAGUGGCGCCCACCCUGUGGAACGCCCUCCCAUCAGAUGUCAAAGAAAUAAACAAUUAUUCUGACGUUUAGAAGGCUUCUGAAGGCAGCCCUGUUUAGGGAAGUUUUUAAUGACUGAUGUUUAUUUAAUGUAUUUUUAAUCUUUUGUUGGAAGCCCCCAGAGUGUCUAGGGAAACCCAACCAGAUGGGCAGGGUAUAAAUAAUAUAUUAUUAUUAUUAUUAUUAUUAUUAUUAUUAUUAUUAUUAUUUAAGAUCAUAAGCAGGCUCCUGCUGGAUCAGGAUAAUGACCCGUCCAGUCCAGCAUCCUGUUCUCAAGUGGCCAACCAAGUGUAUACAGGAAACCUACAAACCAACAGUGGAGGCCACACAUGCCAGCAUCCGAGUGAGAAUGGUGGCACAGUGUGUGAUGCCGCACACAUGACAUCCUGACAUUGUACGUGUGAUAAAACAACAACAAACCUUUGGUUACAUGAAACAUAUUCAAUAAACACACAAGACGUAACCGACUGUACAUUUGAAAAGAUAAGAUAUACUAUUCAUUGUAUUGAAUUGUAGAUUUCAACAGAAGUAGCUCAUAAAGUUCAAUGAAAAAAGUAGAAGACCCAGUGGAUCAGUUCAUUCUCUAAUCAAUUUAUGCAUAAGGUCCAUAUAUGUGAAAGUGUCUGUUCCACCUGUCUGUUCAUAAAGUCCAACAAUGCACACAAAGGGUUGUUACAGUUCCACAGAAUCCUUUCACAGAGUCUGACAAGGAUUUCCAGAAUAUUAGCCAGGACAGUGGAUCUUAUAGCAUAGUAGUAGUGAUAUCAUAUAUGAGUUUGUACUACUGAUGAAGCCUAGGACGGUGAAACAAGGCUAAACAAGGCAUAAAAUGAUUAGAGAAUGAACUGAUCCACUGGGUCUUCUACUUUUUUCAUUGAACUUUAUGAGCUACGUCUGUUGAAAUCUACAAUUCAAUACAAUGAAUAGUAUAUCUUAUUUUUUUAAACGUACAGCCGGCUACGUCUUGUGUGUUUAUUGUACAUGUGAUGUCAUGACGUCAGAGGAGCUGGGGUGAAGCCUAGCACAGCAGCAGCGCAUUAGCAGCACAGCUUCAAUGGCCAUGGCUGCUCUUGCUCCUGCUGCCGCCACCAGCCUGGAGCUGCUUCCAAACUCCUUCCCGUCCGUGGCAGCAGAAGCAGGAAGAGGAGCCCAGAGCAUUGAGGCUGCCCCAUGCACAGCUCUGUGCUCAGCCUCAUGGGAGGCCUUUUGGAGGGCUUAACCCCCAAAAUAUUUCGGGGCCCAAAAGGGCUCAGCCCCCAGGAGAUGGUGCCCCUGGUGGAGGUAGAACAUUAUUCCCCUUGAACUUGUUUAAUUUUAUUUUAAAGCCAUCCAAGUUGGGAGCCAAUCAUACAUACUGAGGGAGAAAAUUCCUUAGUAGACAUUCGGUGCCUAGUUUGUCAGAGCCUCCACCCAAAGCAUACUGCAGGAAUAGCCGGGUGAUUUUUGUUGAGGUAGCAAACGUUAGCACACAUUUAACCUACUGCAGAAUGUGGUUCUCAUCAGAUGUGUUUCCAUUUUAUAUUGUAACUGGUAUCUGCAUGAAUCUUGAUGAGCUCUGGGACAAGUGAAACCCUUGCAUGUAUCUUAUAGUAGGAGUAGUAGGAGUAAUAUCAAGCUGAAUUGUCCACAGUUGUUAAAAAUAUUUUUAAAAUGUAUCCCUUAUUUCCUUAAAACAGACUCCCCUGAAAAAUCUUGGCAUAGCUCUGAAAUUUCAUAAUUAUACUAUCAGUGAAAAAAGCAUUAAAGGCUGUGAGCACGGAUGGUGGAAAAUUAACGAACACAUGUAAGUAUAUGAAUAUAGGCUACAUAUUUUCUAGGAGGUAGGCAGCAGAUUGAGGAAGUUGUCAUAGCAAGUAGUCAUGUGAUCAUUACAUCAUCCUGAUGGCCUUUAUUUUAAUGUGCAUGGCAAGAUACAAACUGUUCUCAUUUGCUUCAUGUUCAUUCUUCAGCAUCGUUUGGAUAUGAGGUAUCCUGUCUGGCUUGUGUCAGUUGCAGAAUGGGGAAGGCUUUCGAGCCGAAGGCAGUAGCUGAUGGUGCAGUGAGACAACAGUGCUUACCUGACCUCCCAGCAGUGGAGUCGCUGCUGCUUACUGGGAGGGAGAGUGGGAGAAUUAAAUGGUGGAGAGGCUGGUGCUGAGCGAAUACACCAGCAGGAGCUCUGUAUUGACUUAGCUGAUGUGUUUGCUCAGCUUGGGCCUCUCCAACACCUUGCCCCUCUUACUCUCUCUUGGCUUCCAGUAAGUUGUAGCUACUCUACUGCCAUAAGGUAACAUAAAUGAUGAUGCCCUGCCACACUGCCUGCUACUGGCCCAAGGGUCACAUUCGUUUCUGGGUAACGUUCUGAGGGCCACAUGCUGCUGAUGAGUUGGGCAGAGGCAAAAGCUGGAAGGAUAUCAUUCUCCAUUCCAGUUGACAUUAAGCCCAGAUAUUUAUAGGGGCAAAUACAGAACAUGCUGGGGUGUGUGUCUACAUAGAAAUGUAUAGCGGCACCCUAAAUUAUUUGACCUCAGAAACUUGUGACCAUAGGAAACAUACCUAAUGAGGCUAUUUGUCCAUUGGCCCAGUACUGUCUACUCUGAUAGCAACUUUCCAGGCCGGGUGUGUGGAGAGAGAUGCUUUCCGUUAUCUACUGCCCGGCUUAACUGUGGAGACAAUUAGAAAUUUAACCUGCAACCUUUUGAAUGCAAAGCACAUCCGUCACUGUCACUGAGCAAAUUCCCUACUCGAAGCAUACAACAAACAUACAACCUCAUAUUAAAAUACUGAGAUCACAUAAGAAAGCUUUACAGAGAAGGCAGCAACCUAUGAACCACUUUGUUUCGCCAUGUGCUGUUUCCUCUAUGUUCUGUUCUGGCAGUUCUCUUGACCCUCCAAAGUGGAUUUGGGGGAAGUCAUAGGGGUGCACAUAGAGGGAGGAGAGGAUGGGGAAAGCCCAGUUGUGCUAGCAGGAGUUGAACCCUACUCUUACUCUUUUGUACCAGGUGAUGAUUUUAGCAUGCAGUUGUUAAAAACGUUGAGGAAUUCAAAUAUUCUACAACUACGACUGUUCUUGUCUUUCGGUGAUGAAAGAUGUUCCAUGCCCCACAAGUUAACAUACAUUCAUCCCACAGGUAUUGCGGUUAUUACAUUGAUCACCAAACAAUAUUCCGAGUUGCAAGCUUUGCAGUUAACGUUGAGUUUCAAUGUAGUUCCAAAAUUUCAGAGCAGCCACUGCUUGUAGAAUAUGGAAGCUACAAUAUCAGCCAACGUAAGACUGAUUUUAACUUUCCUUUAUAGCUUUUGGAACACCACCUGAAUGCAUCUUUACUAAAAAAUACUGGAAGCCAUCUUUGGCAUGCAGGAUAAUGCUGAGUUUUUGCAUGUGAAGGUUUUUUCUUUCUUUCUGUUUUCUACUUUCUAUCCAACAGUUAUAAUCCACAUUUCAGCUAUAUAAGCUUGAUGUGACAUGGUUUUAAGAACAUGUGUAUAAGAUGGCAGCCGCUCCUAUUAUUUUUUUAAAAAAGCAUGACUUGCUAAUGCAUGCUAAGCAACAUGACUUGCUAAAUAUGCUGAAAUAUGAAAUUAUAACAGACUUCCCAAACCUGGUGUCUUCCAGAUGUUUUGGACCACAACUCCAAUCACCCCCCAAUCUACAGAGUUGACCUGGCUGGGGUUGAUGGAAGUUGUAGUCCAAAAUAUAUUCAGAUCACCAGAUUAGGGAAAGCUGAAAUAGAUUACACCUAUAAAUGAUUUGGCAAAUCAGCUAUUGAGUUAACCCUUCCUAGUAGAGCAUGGCAUGAGACUGAGAUGUGUCCUUGUAUGCUAUCUUUCUUAGACUAUAUGCCUCAGCUUUGACCAGUAUCUUCUUUUCCUGAUAAAUUGGUAGUUUUAAAUUUUAUCUCAGGUUUAUGAGUAACUCACAAAAUAAUAUUUCAUUGAGUUUUAUUAAAAGGCAGUACCUUCCAAGUAGCAUUCCUGCCCCCUUUGUAAUAAAUAAGAGUGAUGCAAAAGCACCUAUGAAGCACAUUUCAUUUUGGGAGAACCAACUGUGUCAUUAACUGGUGUUAUGCCAUUAAUUUCUCCAAUUUUUCUUCUUCUUCUUUUUUACAAUUUCCCAUCAUUAUAAGAAAAGGCAUUGCAUUUGAAAUAUAUCAGAUAGUGAAAUAUUUAAUGAAAUAUUCAUGACUGCAGUGCGGAAUUUGUGUUGCUCUUACCUUACUUUGGAGGUGUCCAAUCACUCAACAGAUCAUCUCACCAGAGGUCUGCACUCUGCGGCCUUCCCAGGUCCCCGUGCUUUGGUUAAAGCCCAGGGGAAGACAUCAUGAAGUAAUUCCUUCCAAGAGAUUUUAAAGACUGUGAAGUUCAGGCAGCCAGGAAUGCAGCAGAGUUACUGGGCAAAUGUUUACUGGAAAGAGACAUGCACACAUACCACACUUGGAGACCUCACAAUGCUCAGGUAGGCUCAAAGCCACCACACCUACAAACAUUCCACAGAAAUUCUCAAGUGCCCUGAGCGUAUGGCAGGAAAAGAAAACCUUUGAGAUAGUUGAGAGCAGGCUUCAGCACAGUAUAAGUGUAAGAGCCAAAAUUACUUUGAAAGCUAGAGGUCCUAACUGUUUUCCCUCUUGCCUUCAGCUUGUCCACUUGGAACUUUUGAAUGCCACACAGGUUUAUGUGUUCAACAAACUCGGCGCUGUGAUGGGAUCAAUGACUGCUUUGAUGAAAGCGAUGAGCUCUUUUGUGGUUAAGUAUCCGUAGCAGAUGAGCCCUGAAAUAUUAUGACCACUCUUUAAAGUUACCUUUCUUAGUGACUUGCUGCCUUUCUUCUCAUUUUAGGUGUUCCCAAACAAAACUGUAACACCAGUUUCCUAACACAGCACCAUUCCCUUUUCUGUGAUGGAAUAAAUGACUGUGAAGAUGGUCAAGACGAACGACACUGCACUGAAAGUGAGUCCCACCCCAUAAAAGUUGUUAAGUGCAACGGUUUCACCUUACAAAUUGCUCGUUCUAGUUAUUGGAGUGAUCCACAGUACUUUGGGCUUGAUACCAAUUCAAGACUGUUAUUUUUGGUUCUGGUUUUUCUAAUCAGGAGAGGAGAAAGAUCUGUUGAAUGGGCUGCUUCCCAUUCAUGCAGCCAUUGGAUACAACCCUUUGCCUCUGGCUUAAAAAAGACAUACCAAGUACUGGUGUCAAAAGUGAGCUGGUAGCACCUCGUCUGGAUGUGAGCCUUUUGUGAAACUGAAUGUUGGGAGAUUCAGGGCAGACAAAAAGAAGUCCUUCUUCACAGAGCACAAUAAACAUCCAGAAUUCACUACCACAAAAUGAAGUAAUGGCCAUUGGCAUGGAUGGCUUUAAAAAAAGGAUUGGACAAAUUUGUGAAUGAUAAGGCUAUCAAAGUCUACUAGCCUUGAGGGCUAUGUUCUACCUCCACAGCUGAAGGCAAUAGGCCUCAGCAUACCAGUUUCUGGGGAACACAAGUGGGGAUAAGGCUAUUGAGCAUCAAUAGCCUACUGGUGAGAUUCUGAUAGGCAUCUGUUUGGCAUCUGUGACAAUUCCCCUCACAGAGCUACAAUUCUCAGAGUUCCCACUUUGUGCUCCAGGCCCAACCAUCCCUGGCACAUGUCUCUUGGAAGUUUGCUCAGGCAGGUGUGCUCAGGCAGAAUAGGGAUUGACCAUUAAACAUUUUUGAGAAUUGUAGCUCAGUGAGGGGAAUUGGGGGUCUCAUAACAGCUCUCAACACACUUAACAAAUUUUCAGUGUCUGAGCCAGUGCUGAAUCAUUUUGAUGAAAAAAAUGAAUAAAACAGAAACUGCUGAAGCAUUUAUUUUGUCACUGGUUCUUUUUCAGGCAUUCCAUGUACCAACAAUACAUUUAAGUGCAGCAAUAAUAUUUGCUUCAGGAAGCAGAAUGCAAGAUGUGACGGGAUUGUAGACUGCCUCGAUCGAAGUGACGAAAACAAUUGCAGUAAGUCUGUUCAAGGCUGCAAUCCUUAAAAAAUGCUUACUAGGACAGCCCUUCCUAAUCUGGCAUCCUCCAGAUGCUGUAGGACUACAGAUCCCAUCAGUCUACAGCAUGGUCAGUGAUGAUGGGAGUUACAGUCCAAAAUAACUGUAGACGACCAGUUUGUAGAAAGCUGUGCUACAGUAUUAUGGUGCAUCAAAUACUUCAUUGCAUUCAAUGGUCUUCUGCUGCACUCCACCUCCAAUCUCUUUCAGAUUUUGAGGGUGGGGGUGGGUGGGGUGGGACAGGAGAGGGAGAGGAAGCUCCAUUCCACUUGGGGCAAGUGUUGUGCCAUCCUGUUGGCCUGGGCAGCGUUCAGUCCCUUCACCAGCCAGAGCCUAAUCAAGGGAGUCUCUCCUUGCAAACUAGCCCCAACUAGCCUUGCAAACUCUGCUCUGGGAGCAGAGAUAAGGCAGAGAAUCUCGAAGCCAUUGUUUCAUUGAUUCAGAUUGACUAGCUAUCAAUUGUUGGGUAAUAUUCUGAGAAUAUUUGAAAAGGAUCACAGGUGGCUUCAAUAACAAUGUGGGCAGAAAUUCUAGUCAAAGCUGAUGGGAACAUGACUCAUAAGAAACACUCAGCUGGGAUGUCCACAUCUGAAUGGAGAAGUCACAUCUCCAGUUAAAAACAGAAACAAAAACAGCUUUCUGUUUCACGUGAAUAAUUGGCUUCAUUUUUCAAAGCUGCACAUGCUUCUCCCAGCCCAUGCACACUGCUCUGUACAACACAACAGGUAUUCAUUAGCAUAUUUUAGUUCAUAGAUACUGAAAGAUACUUUAUGCCAGGUCAAACUGCUCAUUUAGCUCAUGAUAGUCAACUCUGCCAGUGGUUUUCGAGGGUCUGAGGCAGAGGUCUUUCACAUCCUUUGCUUCCAGAUGCUUUUAUUUAGAGAUAUCAGGGACUGAACCUAGGAAGCAAACUGAAGCUAUGGGAACUCUUCUUCCAGCUGAAUGUAAAUAGCUUAUGGUGCUUGAUCCACGACAGAAAAUUCCUAGGCCUAACUAACAGCUGCAUGAAUUAAUCUGCAAAUCCUCAAUCCCUAAUAAUAGAUGACGAUCUUAACUCAGUAUAGAAUUGGAGAUAAUGACAUCUACCAUUUGCAUUAAUUACCAGUGGUCUCUGUAAGGCAAUCAAAGUGUCACUGGGUCUCCACCCAUCUAAGCCAUGCAGCUUCUCCUGCAGGAAACAGGAAUUUGCUUAUCUCAGUCUUUCCCCACCCCCCACAAUGUGUUAAAGGCCAAUGAAUGAUGUGCUACAUGGAUUCCCAUCCCUAACUAGGCUCUCAUUGCACCAGCCACAGGUUUGCAUAACAAAUUCAGAGGAUAUUGUGUCGGUCUCUAUACAGACAGUGGGACUUCCGACUUUUUUCCUAAUGGCAAUUGUACACAGUGUUUGAAACUUGGGGAGAGUUUUUUAAAAGUUGUGUGCCCCCGUGCAAGGGCCUUGUGUAAAACAAAAACAUAAGUCAGAAACCCUCCUGUGCAUAAAUAAACCCUUAAUUUGCACCUGAAUCAAGACCACUGUCAUGUAUUUCCUGGCACUCCAAAUAGGCAGACCUCAGUUUGCACAUGAACUAGUUAUAUUUAGAGUGCUCAAGUUCAAAAAGAUUAGUUAACAGAUCAUCCAGUUGGAAAAUCAGUAUUCCGCCAUGGCUGCUACUGCAAGGGAAAUGUUGAACUGUUAACCCUCUUCCAAAGGCUGUGGCAGCACUAAAUACCGCAACAUGCCCCACCGGAUUGUGGGAGGGCUGGAUGCCCACGAAGGUGAAUGGCCGUGGCAAGUCAGCCUCCAUUUUGCUGGAGUUGCUUACUGUGGAGCCUCUGUGAUAUCAAAAGAGUGGCUUCUCUCUGCUGCCCAUUGUUUUCAAGGGAACAGGUGAGUAAUUAGAAAUCCCUUCAUCCAUAGCUUCUCCUUUCUCAUAACUCCAAAGUAGUGGCAUGUAUGGGAUAGACAUGGAGUACAAUGCGCUCCUUCUUCUCCUGUUAAUUUGUAACAGUCAACCAUGCAGCACAAUUAUGAGAUUUCCAAUAUGCAGCUUGAAAAAUAGCCUGGCCUCCCUUUGCAUAGGCGAAGGGUCAGUGAACAAGGCUGCCUAGUGCUUGGCUUUUCCAAUAUUCACCCAUUUCCAUCUGUCCAUGGCAGAUCCCUGCUCAGAGCCCACUUUGUGGUUCAGGCCCAACUACCCCUGGCACGUGUCUCUUGGAAGUUUGCUCAGGCAGGUGUGGUCCUUGGCUGAACAAAAUUCCUUGCUCCCAUCUUAGUCCCACAACCCUUGUUUUAGAUUCCUCAGUUGCACACCCUCCAACAUUCCCCUGAAGAAAAUGGGGGCACAAAGGCGUGGUACCAAAAGACGCACAACUUUUGGUGCUGUGUCCUUGCCCAAGUCAGUUGACUCACACAACAUUGUGGCAUCACUGCCAGUUCAUCCCUGGGACAUUCUGGGCAGUGGUGAGCGGUCAGUAGACUAGGGGGACUAGUCUAGUCCCUAAAUUUUCCCCUGGCACCUCCUUACCAAAGCCCAGAGCUUCUGUCUGGCUUAGGAAAAGAGACGUGAUGCUCUAACAGUUCACAAUUGAGGUGUGUGUGUGUGUGUGCACUCCAGAGUUUUCAUACCUUGUUCUAGAAGUCUGGUUACUGAUGCUUGCAUGAUAAUCUGCUUUCCUUAAGGUUAUCUGAUCCUAGAAUCUGGACAGCUCAUUUGGGAAUGCGCACUCAAGGAAAAGCCAAAUUUGUCUCUACUGUGAGAAGGAUUAUUGUGCACGAGUACUACAACAGCAGGAAUUAUGACUAUGACAUUGCCCUGCUCCAAUUAAGCACACCAUGGCUGGACACAAUGAGGUGGCUAAUUCAGCCAAUCUGCCUGCCUCCCAUCACACACAGAGUUCACACUGGGGAGAAGUGCUGGGUAACAGGAUGGGGGCAAAAGCAAGAAACAGGUGAGCUUCCUGCUCCUUUUUGCCAACAUGCCGGGAAUUGCAAUGAGAGAUUUUUUGUUUCACUUUUUUAUGUUUAGCACAGAGUUUGUAUCUGCAACAUCAAUGCAUAAUCAUAUUUUCUCGAAACAGAUAAUGGAUUAGGUGACAAAGCAGAAGCAAAGAGAGUCCAUGUGGUGUCGUGGUUACGAGUGCCAGACUCGGACCUUGGAGACCAGGGUUCAAAUCCACACUCAGUCAUGAAACUCACGGGGCAGCCAGUGCCUAGAGCCACAGCCACAGGGUUUUUGUGGGGAUUAAAUGAGGAGGGGCGAGAACCAUAUAUGCCACCUUGAGCAUCUUGGAGAGAAAAAUGGGACAUAAAUGCAAAAAAUAAAUAAAAAGUGACUUGUUUUGCUCAUUUUAAGCAGCAUCUGAAUUCUGACAAGCAAGGUAGAACUUUUUGAAGGAAGCAUCAGCAUUGUGCCAUCCAUGCCAGGGAUGAGGAGGAGCCUAUAAUACUUGGACUCCAACUCCCAUCAGUUCCAGCCAGCAUGGGCAAGGGUCAGGGAUGAUGGGAGUUGUAGUCCAACAAUACCUGGAGAGCCACACGUUCCCUGUCACUGACAUGCUUUCUGUAAUGGUUCUACUGGUGAUGAUGGAUCAUGAGGGCACCAGUGUAAAAGAAAGCCCUUUUUGUCAGCCUCAGUUGGCCACUUGCAAUAUGAGGACGGUAAUAUUCACUUACCUCACAGGAUUAUUGUAAAGAUCAUUGAAACAACAAGCGCUGAUUUGAUCCCUCUAAACUCAUAAAUAAUAACUGUAACAACAAUAAGAGCUAGGACAGAAGCCAACAUCACCUUUCCUUGGAAGAGAACCCCAUUUCAGUAUAACUUACUUUCUAUACAUAAGAUAUAUAAAUAAAGACAUUGCUGGUUUUCUUAGAUUUGAUAACAGCCAGGUUUAGUGUAGUUGCUAUAAGGGUUGCUAUCUGGAUCUGGAGUGAGAGAUCAGGUUCUCGAGAAUUAUCAUCUUGCCUAAAUUAUUAAACUUUUCCAGAUGAUGAAACCUCGGCAGUUUUGCAAAAAGCAGAGGUAGAGAUUGUUGAUCAAACACUGUGUCAUUCAACGUAUGGGCUUAUUACAGCCCGCAUGCUGUGUGCUGGGAUGCUGUCUGGGAAAAGGGAUAGCUGCAAAGUAAGUACCUUGCUCUCUCACAUACUUGCCCCACUUAUACUUGCUCACCACCGCUGCUUACUAUUCCUCACCCCCACCCCCCAAAAUAUCACCAUUGACUUUUGACUGCAUUCCAGUUCAGGUCUGUGCUAGGAAACCUAAUGACACUGGUCUCAACUGGAUCUUAUAUACCAGGGGUCAGCAAACAUUUUCAGCAGGGGGCCGGUCCACUGUCCCUCAGACCUUGUGUGGGGGCCAGACUAUAUAUUUUUUGGGGAGGGGAAUGAAUGAAUUCCUAUGCCCCACAAAUAACCCAGAGAUGCAUUUUAAAUAAAAGGACACAUUAUACUCAUGUAAAAACACUCUGAUUCCUGGACCGUCCGCAGGCCAGAUUGAGAAGGCGAUGAGGCCGGAUCUGGCCCCCGGGCCUUAGUUUGCCUACCCAUGUUAUAUACCCUCCCCUGACUGGUUGCGCUUCUGCAGCCUGAGACUUCUUCUGCAUGAAAGGUGCCACUGCUCUUCCCAAUUCAUACACCUUCUGGUUCUGGGAGAUGGGGUGGGGUGGGGGAGAAGGUAGUGUGUCUACUGACCCAUCUAUUGGCUGAACAGCCUUUUCUUCUCCUGCCACAUCUGGUGUACCUUUCUCUAUCUCAGACUGCCUUGACUCUUCCUCCCCCCCCCCCGGAUCCCACCCUGUGGGUGGUGCCAAACCCCAUAAAUCACACGUCUCCUCUCCUGGGUCAUUCCCCAUGCCUCCACCACAUACUCUUCAGAGCCCUGCCUGUCCCUGACACCUGGGGACAGCUUUUAUCCACAUUGGUAGAUAAUUGAUGCUAUCAACAGAAAUUAUCUAAAAUGGCAAAAUGUGUUGACUUUUGAAAACAAUGUCUUUUUUUUUAGGGAGAUUCUGGAGGACCCCUAUCAUGUCGAAGCAAAAGUGAUGGAAAGUGGUUCUUGAUGGGAAUCGUUAGCUGGGGCUAUGGCUGUGGAAGACCCAAUUUCCCCGGAGUAUACACAAGGGUGUCAAAUUUUGCUACAUGGAUACACAAAUAUGUGCCUUCAGUUUUUUAAUUUAGCGGC